CCAAGUGUUAAACAAAAGUAAAAAAAGAGAAAAUUGAAAAAAAAUCACUUCCCUCCCCCGAAAAAAAAGAAAAUUUAUAAUCAACCACAAAUAACAAAAAAUUGAAAACACCACUGACAAUUGGGGGCCCCCCAUAACGCAAAAAGGUGUUUGAGCCCUUUGGUGUUGCAAGCACGUGCACGUGUUUUAGACGCGAAAACUUUUAAUUAAUUUCCAACUGCCAACUACACCCUCUUCUACCAAACAACGACUAAAUGGAAAACAUGUCUUCUCUGCUAUUGGCCUCUCUGCUGUUACUCAGCCUGGCUGGCUCUUUGGCCGGGGCCAAAUCCUCCUCAUCAUCGAAUAACAAUGAUCCUUGCUAUUUUGAGGGCAAGCCUCGCAAAUGUUUGCCCAGCUUUGUCAAUGCGGCCUAUGGUAAUCCGGUGGUGGCCUCCUCCACUUGUGGCACCCAUCAAAGCGAACGCUAUUGUGAACUGAAACGCGAUGGCACCUUGGAGGAGUGCAAGACCUGUGACAACUCCAGGCCCGAUAUGCGCUUUCCCGCCUCCUCCUUGACCGAUUUGAAUAAUCCCAAUAAUGUCACCUGUUGGAGAUCGAGCACGGUGCCAGUGCCCUCAGAUCCCGAUUCGGCUCCUCCAGACAAUGUCACCCUGACUUUGUCGCUGGGCAAGAAGUACGAGCUGACCUAUGUGAGUCUAUCGUUUUGCCCCAAAUCGCCCAAGCCCGAUUCCAUGGCCAUUUAUAAGAGCUCCGACUAUGGGCAAACCUGGCAGCCCUUCCAGUUCUACAGCUCCCAAUGCCAGAAGUUCUAUGGCCGGCCCGAUCGAGCCAAGAUAAGCAAAUUCAAUGAGCAGGAGGCUCGUUGCAUGAACUCCCAUCAUGAUGGCAACACCAAUCGUUUUGCCUUUAACACCCUGGAGGGUCGUCCCUCGGCCAAUGAUUUGGAUGCUUCUUUGGUCUUGCAGGAUUGGGUUACUGCCACCGACAUUCGAGUGGUCUUUCAUCGUCUGGAACUGCCCAAAGAGCUGCUGAAUGCCCAUUUGAAGGCCGACUCAAAAGCCGCCGAUGCCAAUAGUUUCAGUGAUGAAAUGUCCUCCAGCCAAGAGGAAGAUGAGGAGGACGAUGAUGAGGGCGAGGAUGCUGAGGAUGAGUAUGACGACUACAACAUACAUGACAAUGACAGUGUCAACUAUGAUGAUGACAUGGAGGACUAUGCCGAGCCCAAAAAACACUUGGAGCUGGAUGAUGAUCUGGAUAUGGACUAUGCCAAUGAUGGCAUCAAUAUAACACCGCUGAAAAGCAAGCGCAUUAGCAACAAACAAAAGUCCUUGGCCUAUGAGAAGCACUACAAGGCCAAGGCGGCCAACUUGGCCCUGGGCAGUCCUUUGUCUGCAAACAACACAACCAGCAGCAGCAGCAGCAGUAGCCUAACCACCAGCACCACCACCACCUCGACCACCAAUAAGCCCCAAAUUGUGGCAACCUCCAACAAAUAUCAACAGAAAUCCACUUCCACUUUGUCGUCUGAUAAGCCCUCCUCGUCUACUUCCUCAUUAUCAUCGCCUUCGAUACGUGAUUUGUUGGCCAUUUCCCAGCAUUAUGCUGUCUCGGAUUUUGCCGUUGGAGGACGUUGCAAAUGUAAUGGUCAUGCCUCGGAAUGUAUUGGCGUAGUGAGUUCUAAUGAGGCUAAUCUCUUCAGCCAUGACGACAAUGACAAUGGUGGUGGCAUAGGCACUGGUGCCGACUCCUUCGAUGAUGAUGGCAAUGUUAUACGCUCCUCCUCAUCCUCCAGCAGCAAUGGCCUUUCGAUUAGUGCCAAACUGACAAUGACUUGCUCGUGCAAACACAACACUGCCGGCCCGGAAUGUGAGAGAUGCAAACCGUUCUACUUUGAUCGACCAUGGGGACGUGCCACCGACACAGAUGCCAAUGAAUGUAAAAUGUGUCAAUGUAAUGGUCAUGCCCGUCGUUGCCGUUUCAAUUUGGAGCUCUACAAACUAUCGGGUCGUGUGUCGGGCGGAGUUUGCUACAAUUGUCAACAUGAUACCACAGGCCGAUACUGUCAUUACUGUCGAGAAGGAUAUUACCGGGACAAUACCAAACCGCUCAAUCAUCGUAAAGUGUGUAAACGAUGUGAUUGCCACCCUGUGGGCUCCACAGGUAAAACAUGUAAUCAUUUAAGUGGUCAAUGUCCCUGCAAGGAAGGUGUUACCGGACUGACGUGCAAUCGCUGCGCACGUGGAUAUCAGCAAACACGUUCUCAUGUGGCACCCUGUAUAAAAGUGCCAACAAAUGCAAAUAUGAUACAGGCGGAGAGUGCAGCGGUUAGUGAAUACAGAGAACCCACCCAAGCUGAGGAAAUGAAGAAAUAUUGUGGCAAAUGUAAAGCAACACCGAAAAAAUUGAAUUUAAAUAAAUUCUGCAUGGAAGAUUAUGCUCUUAUUGCCAAAGUCAUUGGCCAUGACCGUGCUUCGCAGGAUAUCAGUACUGAAAAAUUCUCCAUUGAACGCCAAAAUGAAAUUUUCAAAUAUGAAAUCAAUAUUCAUACAAUAUUUAAACGCAAUCCAGUGAUGGGCACAACAAGUUCGAUGCUGGCCCGGGGUCAUAUGAUGUGGUUGGUGCCGCGGAAAAAUCUCGAAUGUCAAUGUCCAAAAAUUAAAAUGAACAAAACCUAUUUAAUAUUGGGUCGUGAUGCCGAAGCGGCACCCGGCUACAUGGCCAUUGGACCCAGCUCAGUGGUGUUGGAAUGGAAAGAGGAAUGGUCGCUGCGCAUGAAACGUUUUCAACGACGAGCGCGUAAAUGUAGUUGAAUCGAACCGGAAGCGGAAUAUGUCAGAACGGAUUUUAAUUUCGUACAUUUGGAACGUUAUAGAAUUUUGUAUAAAUUGUACAGUUUGCUCAAAUUUUUAACUUUCUUUGGCAUAAUGCUAUAAAUUAACAACAACAACAAAACAACACUUACAACACUUACUUACACAAACAUACACAGACAUCUCCACAAUCAUGUACUCAUACACUCAAACUCAUAUACCUAACACACAAACUCCUCCACAUUUAGGAAAAAAGAAGCAUAGCAUUUAAAUAUAGUUUUUUUUUUUUAAUUUUUUUUUAUAUAAUCUCUGUAUGUAAAACACAAAUUUAUAGAUACAUAUAUAUUUAUUCGUCGAUUUGUAAUUCAUAUUUUUACCAAAUGAUAACAAAAAACACACAAAAAUCCCUACUCUACAUAAGUACAGAAAAACAAAGCAACCACAUCAGCAGCUUUUAAAACAAAGCCAAGUUACUUAAUAAUGCUUACAAAAAUCGAAAAAAUGAAUACUUCAAACCCAAAACCUAAUUCAACAGACAAUGUAAAUGCAGUAUAAUGCACUCUCUUUUGUGCCAUGGUGAUAAUAAUGAACGAUUAGGCAACGGAAUUUUAUGCAAAAUAUGAAUCAGUUGAACAAAUUUCAAAGUUUGUACAUCGAAAUGUAAGAAUGUAAAUAACAAGACGUUGACAUUUUUGGGAUCGUUUCCAACUAAGUUUGGGGGCAAUAAUUUAUGACAAUUGUUCACAAAAUUGACUUUAAGGUGAUUUUUUUCUUGUGAUACAACGUAACUUCUUUUGAUCAUAAUGACUAUAAGGAAAAUUUGCCAACAUUCAUCACCUUCUUAUAACUUACCAUCAUAGAAUAGGGGAUUUCAAUUAUUCAUGUCAACAUUCCGUUGUCAACAUAGAUAAAUAUCCAUUUCCGACCCCACAAAGUAUUCGUUAUACAUUAUGGAUGGCAGUAAAAUUCGAAGAAAUUUUAACAAUGUCCGUAUAUCUGUCUGUCCAUCGUCUUUCAGUUGUAAUCACUAUACAAUCUUCAAAAAUUGAGAUAUUGAGCCAAAUUUUACGAAGAUCCAUAUUUAAGUUCUUGAACAGGCCAAAUAGGAUUAUAUUUCUAUGUAGUUGCCAUAGAGAUCAAUCUGUCGAUUUAGGGUCUUAAGCCCAUUAAUAACCAAUUUUGCUUAAAAAUUUGGUCCUUAUGGUCCUUAUUUAGAUUUAGUUGUCAUAUAGACCGAUUUAGCGGGUUUCGGUCUUAAACCCAUAAAGGACUAUUGCUGUGGGAAGGUGAUGGCCGAUGGUUAUUUGAGAAUGUCAAUAACUCACCUUUUUGUAUAGAGUACUCGAUACAAAGUCUCUCACAGAGACUUUCCACUCAAAACCGCAGAUUGUCCGCGACGGCAGUUGUAGCUACUCCGCUCACUUGCGUAGCAUCCACUAUUCAUAACUUUUGAACUCCACUGAUAGCUCUUAUAGCCUGUUUGUUGAUGUCGAAUCGUUGUUUUUCGUUCAUCUGGAUUUCUUUUUCCGACCUAUAUUCGUCUUUACAGACUAUUUUUAAUAUUUAUUUUGAUCAGUUAUUAGCUCUUUUGUCUUUGAUAAACCUGCUUAUACAUCGAAAUUCUUCACUAUUUGGUCGAAUUGCAGUCUAAACCAACUCUUAAGCGACGCGAAAAUUCAUUUCGAGAUAGACAAAUAGGCUAUUAGUUGAGCUUUCCAUAAUAACGAU